AUGUCAUCGACCGGAGGUCCUGCUGCCUCUGCAGCUCCCGGUGCCAAUGGUCCUCCUCAGACUCCAUCCACCUCAGCACACUCCACCUCUCAAUCUUCAGCCUCUCAAGCGCCUCCUACACAAAAUCUAAACAACAUUGUAAUCGAAUAUCUUAAUAAGAAAGGUUACAAUAAAACCGAGGCUAUGCUGCGACAGGAGAUGGCUGCCGUCGAUGGUUCUAUCGCUCCUAUCCGUCCUAAGGAGGAAAAGUUUCCCCUCUACGAUAAGACUUACUCUCGUCUCCUCGCCUGGAUCGAUAACUCUCUCGAUCUUUACAAGACUGAGCUAAAGCGCAUUGCAUUCCCCGUCUUCGUUCACUUGUACCUUGGUCUGACUCGCGGGAACCUCAUCGCUGAGGCCAAGAGUUUUUUUGACGCCUACAGCGAAGAGUUUCGCACCAAGCAUGGCCAUGAUAUCACACAGCUUGCGGCCAUCUGCGCUCCCGUUCACGUCGAGGAGAACCACACAGCUAGGGUGUACACCGAAAACAAAUACCAUGUAACCCUGACCACUGUCACCCACGGCUUGCUCAUGGGCUAUCUGACCGACCAAGCCAGCGCUGGUGCUGGGGAUGUUAUCAUUAACAUCCUCAAUACUAACUGUCAGCUUUACAAGGUCGACAAACAGCCUUUCCUUGGGCUUGUUGGCGAAGAUGAUAUCCUCGGCGACAACGAGGGCAUUUUGGGACACGUCAGCAAGGACGGCCCUUCUGCUCCCCAGAAGGACCUUCCAGCCAUCAAACUUGGCUUGAUGCCUAUGGAUAAAGAUCUCGCCGAAGACGUCGAAUUCGAGCUCGCUGCUGAAGAUGCCAAAGAGAGGGAGCGUCGGGAAGAGAUGGGGGGUAUGGGGGGCCCAAGCUUGCUCGAGACUUUUCAGCAACACAUCAAACGGGAGGAAAGCGAGGAUACUCCCAUGCGGGAGGAUAUCCCUCUUCCUGCGUACAAGCAGACAGAUAUUGACGCCGAAAUCAAGGCAGUCAAGGAUUACCGAGAUAAAUUUUGUCUCUCCACCAUCUCCGGACACGCCAAAACCCAACAAGGUGGCGAGGGCCCUCCCUUAGUUGGAGCCCUCCCCAGUGUCCUCACCUACACUUUCCACAACACGAACGAUGGUAUCCAUCGUAUUGCCUUUUCGGAAGACACCACUCUUUGUGCGACCUCCCAUGCAGAGUCCUAUGUCAAGCUCUGGUCCCUCAAAGGGGAAAAGUUGUGGUCAUCGAACCCAUCUGAAAACCAAAACGUUACAACUACGAGACGAUAUGUUGGCCAUUCCGGCCCCGUCUAUGGAAUGUCAUUUUCCCGUGAUGCUAAACUACUCCUUUCUUCGUCCGCUGACAAGACUAUUCGUUUGUGGAGCCUGGUUACCCACACAGCUUUGGUGGCAUACAAAGGCCACGCGAACCCUGUCUGGGAUGUCAAAUUCGGUCCCUUCGACCACUACUUCGCGUCCGCUUCUUGGGACCGUACUGGUCGAAUCUGGGCGACUGAACAUAUCGCCCCGCUUCGUCUUCUAGUCGGCCAUCUCGAUAGCGUUACCAAGGUUGCCUGGCAUCCUAACAGCGCCUAUGUUGUCACCGGCUCCGCUGACAAGACUUUGAGAAUGUGGGAUAUGCAACAGGGUAGCUCCGUCAGGUUAUUCAAUGGCCACACCGCCCCAAUCCGUUGUCAACAGGUUUCCCCCAACGGGAAGUACUUGGCCUCGGGUGCUGAUGAUGGCACCAUUAGUAUCUGGGAUAUUGGUAUGGGUAAGAGGAUCAAGACUAUGCGAGGGCAUGCCAAACUUCCCAUCUGGUGUCUUUCUUGGGCUGUUGAGGGUCAAGUUUUGGUCAGCGGAGCGGCUGACAACACGAUCCGUGUCUGGUCGGUUGGUGAGGACAAAGGUAACAAUGCCUCAAAUGCUAAUGGAACCGUCGGGGCUGAGAUGGUUAUCAAUGGCAUUGGUGGGAUCCCUGGUGACCCAACCGGCAAAGUUGACGUCGGGACCGGUGCAGCUGGAAUGGGGGUUCAUGGUGCUAAGGGACGAAAAGAUAAGAAGGAAGUUGUCGCCACAAAUGAUCAUCUUGCCGUCUACCACACCAAGAGGACCCCAAUAUACACUGUCAUGUUUACCAAGAAGAACCUGGUUCUAGCCGGCGGGGCCUACCUCCCUUGA